AGGGCCCGUCGGACCACCAUGGCGGACAUCAAGAACGUGCUGUACGCCUGGUGCGGGAAGAAGAAGCUGACGCCCAGCUACGACAUCCGAGCUGCAGGGAACAAAAACCGCCAGAAGUUCCUGUGUGAGGUCCGAGUGGACAGCUUCAGCUACAUCGGGAUGGGAAACUCCAGCAACAAGAAGGACGCUCAGACCAACGCCGCCCGAGACUUCGUCAACUUCCUGGUCCGCAGCGGAGAGAUGAGCGCCGCCGAGGUCCCGGCGCCCGGGAUGAGCGCUGCAGCUGGAGAUCAGCCUGAUGGAGGAGCAGGAGGAGCAGAGAAGGGAGGAGCAGGAGGAGGCUUCGGGAGCCUCCCCUCCAGCGGGCCGCUGCCCCCUCACCUGGUGGUGAAAGCUGAGCUGAAAGAGGAGAGCGGGCCGGUGCCGGGUGUCACGGGACUCGGGUACUCCGGAGGAGGAAACUCCGGAGGAGGAAACUCCGGCUGGGGAGGAGGAGAUGGAGGAAGAGGAGGAGGAGGAGGAGGAGGAGAUGGAGGAGGAGGAGGAGGAGGAGGAGAUUGGGAGCGAGGAGCGAAUCUGAAGGAAUAUUACUCCAAGAGAGACGAGCAGGAGGCACAGGCGACUCUGGAGUCAGAGGAGGUGGACCUGAACGCUAACCUGCACGGGAACUGGACUCUGGAGAACGCCAAGGCCCGUCUGAACCAGUUCUUCCAGAAGGAGAAGUGCAGCGCCGAGUACAAGUACAGCCAAGUGGGCCCGGACCACAACAGGUCCGACCACAACGUGUGUGUGUGU